GCAAUGACAGUGGCCUUCCGAGGAAACUCUACCGAGAGUCAGUAAAGUGGGAAGGUAAGAACAAUGUUCAAGUCAGGAAGAUGGAGAAGCGACAAGAACAAGAUCAAAGCUGUCUUCAAGUUGCAGUUUCAGGCAACUCAGGUUCCCAAGUCAAAGAAAUCUACCUUAACAAUAUCUCUGGUGCCUGAUGAUGUUGGCAAGCCGACGGUGAAGCUAGAGAAAGCUGCUGUACAGGAUGGGAUCUGUUCUUGGGAUAAUCCUGUAUAUGAAACGGUGAAGCUCAUCAGAGAGUCAAAAACAGGGAAGCUCAAAGAGAAAAUAUACCAUUUCAUUGUUUCAGCGGGGUCAUCAAAGGGAGGAUUUCUUGGAGAAGCUUCAAUUGAUUUUGCAGAUUUUGCGGCAGAAACUGAACCGUACACUCUCUCUCUGCCACUAAAGUUUGCGAACUCCGGAGCAGUUUUACAUGUGACAAUCCAGAAGGUGGAGGGUUCAGGCCAAAGAGAAAUUGAAGAUAAUGGACCUCCAUUAUCUUACCAGGAGGGAUCCCUGAAAAACCAACUGAGCAUUCUCAGUGCAGAAGAUGAGGACCAGCAUGAUUAUUUCGAAGAUGGGUACUUAGAAGAAAGCACGCCGCCUCUUGUAUCAUAUCCCGAACCAAAUGCUGGAGAGCUUGAAACUAAAUAUAGGAGCGUCCCUCAGGAACCUCCUAUUAGACAAAGUUCUAUUCCUCCAAGAAAACCAGCUGGUUCAGUAGCAGCAUCAAACAAUAAACAUAGACGGUCAAUUACAGAGUGGUCUCUAGGUUCAGCUUCCGAUGGGAGCUUAACUGAUUUUGUAAAUAACGCCGAUGAGCAAUUAAGAACAGAGAGGUUUCAUAAAGAAGCUUCGGAUGCAACAAUCGAAAAACUCAGAUAUGAAGUUGAUAGUAUAACAAGGCAGUCAACACUAUCAGAACUGGAGUUACAAUCUCUGAGGAAACAGAUUGUGAAAGAGACCAAGCGGGGACAAAGUUUAUCUACCCAAAUUUCAAACCUCAGGGAGGAGAAAGAUGCACUCCAGAUGGAAUGUGAACAACUCAGGUCCUGCUGGAUACAUACCAAAGAGGCGGAAACUCCUGGCAAACUGCAGCUUGAAUAUGAGGAGACAAAAUCCCAACUACAAGCAAUAAGACAAGAACUUGGUCAUGAAAAAGACUUGAAUGUCAAUCUGCGGUUGCAGCUGCACAAAACUCAAGAUUCUAACUCUGAGUUACUUCUAGCUGUAAGAGAUCUUGAUGAGAUGUUAAAGGAAAGAAAUGCAGAGAUAUUUCAUCUUAGCAGCAAGAUCAAUGAGAAUCUAGAAGAUUCUCAGGAAUGCGAUGGAUGGCCAGAACGCCGCGUGAAGCGAAGUGAUGCAAUUGAAGUGGACUUGCUGAAGCAAAAGAUAGAAGACCAGCAUGGUGAGCUAGAGUUGUACAAGAAACAGAAUGAAGAACUGGAGACACAUCUGGAGCAGCUAACCUUGGACUAUGAGAUCUUAAAACAGGAAAAUCACGAUAUAACUACCAAGCUGGAAGAACAGAAUCUACAAGAAGAGAUGAAUGAACAGAUUGAGCUCUCAGAGUCUUCAGCUCAUAUCAGAGAGCUUGAGACACAGAUAGAGAAAUUAGAAUUGGUGGUCAAGAGGCAGGCGCAAGAACUCUCGGAGUCAUUGAUUUCCAUUAAUGAACUGGAAAGCCAAGUUAAACAUUUGGAGAAAGAAAUAGAUAAGCAAGCUCAAGGGUUUGAAGAAGAUUUAGAAGCCAUGACACAAGCCAAAGUCGAGUUAGAGCAGAGGGCAAUACGAGCAGAGGAGGCGUUGAGGAAGACCAGGUGGAAUAACGCUGUUGCUGCUGAAAGACUUCAGGAGGAAUUCAGAAGGCUUUCAGUGGAAAUGACAUCUAAACUUGAUGAGCAUGAGAAGCUGGCAGUUAAAGCAGUGAAUGAAGCCAACGAAGUCCGCCAGCAAAAAGAAAGUUUGGAGGAGAUGCUUCAGAAAGCCAACGAAGAGUUACGACAGAGAGACGAUCAAAAUGAAGUAAAAGUACAAGAGCUUUGCACACAACUUGCUCUGAGAGCAACAGAAAUGGAGCACAUUAAAAUGGAGCUGAACAACAAAUCCAAGCUGCUUGAAUACGUGCAAAAUGAUGACGAACAAAAACACGAGGCUUCCUCAAAGGAGAUAGAAACUCUCAAAUCCGAAAUAGAGAGACUCAGAAAGGAGAAGGAUGACAUCAAAGAACUGGAGGAACAAAAGGCCAAGCUGAAAGCUGAAGGAGAACAAGCUGAAGUAGAGAUGCUCAUACAGAGAUGGAGUGAGGAAAGAGAGAGCUUGGCAAAGAAAUUUGCUUCGGAAAAGAAGAAUGCAGAAGAAGCACUUAAGGAGUUGAGUACUGAGAGAUCCUUGACGGAAGAGAAGGAAAAGAUGAUUGCAUGCAUGCAGUCCAAAGUGGAAAACCUCACAGUUCAACAACAAAAUCUAAAGCACAUCUUGCAGAAAGAACAGAAGGAGAAAGAGAGUCUGACAAAGCAGCUUCUUGAACUACAAAGAGAAUUAACCAGGAGAGAAGAGCAAAUCACCAAAGUAAAUGAUACAUUUGCCUGCAACAGUGGUCAAGCUGCAUCCGUAGAUAGAAACACAACUCCAUGCGAUAACCAAUUGACUGCACUUUGCAUUCCUGAGAUGCUUGCCAGCUUAAGGGAGAAAUUGGCAUCACUUAAGAACCAAAUCGAACUUAAGGACAGGGAAGCAGAAAAACCGACUUGUCUAAGAGAUGCAGAGAACCUAAGAAGCAUCAUUGAAGAAUUAUGCAAAAGCAUAGAACAGUUAGAGGAUGUGAAACAUGCUGGUAGAAGCAGUAGAAGCCAUCGGAAGUCAGGGGAAAGAAAGGAAACAGUUGAUAAAGCACAGCAUAUCAAUGGGAACCCCAUCGUCCAAAAUGAAGAUAACUGCAACGUCUUGCGUGCUGAGCUGGCAGUACUGAGCGAAAGGAACAAAUCGAUGGAGCAAGAAUUAAAGGAGAUGGAAGAAAGAUACUCGGAAAUAAGUCUCCGAUUUGCUGAGGUAGAAGGUGAAAGGCAACAACUCGUGAUGACCGUCCGCAACCUCAAAAAUAGUAGGAGUAAAUAGCAUUUUCUGAAAUGCAAGAGUGUCAAAAACUGAGGAAGAAUGCAGGUAGACAACAGAGCCCGUGUGAAGCUGUUGACGCUGAGUGAUAAGUUGAUAACAACACAAAGUCAAGUCAGAAACCAAAUCCUACCUAUCGGUUAGACAUUCUUCCGAGGAAAGGAUCUCCUGCUCUUCUCAUCUCAGAUCGCCCGACAUAUCAAGAAGCAGCAGCAGCAGCAGUUGAUCUAUGCAGGCAAUUAAUUGUACAUUACAUUCAUAAUUGUGGUAAUUCUAAUACCCGGGGCAAUGUUUGCCUACAGUAAUGCUUUCUUCUUUAACAGGUACUCUCUUUUUGAGAGUUCCAGCA